GGCACCUACACUACACUGACAAAAUGGCGGCUUCACCUGUGUGAGGGAAAACAAGUACAAGGAAAAGAUUAUAGACACAAGUAUUUAUAAAUGUUUUGUCGAGUUUCUCGCGAGUCAUUGUUUUAAGUCAGUUUGAAGUGUUUUUUUUUUUAUUAUUCACUUGUUUUAGAAAUUUUUCUAAUUUUUUUUUAAAAAUGCGGUUGUUGUGUGUGAUCCUCCUCACCCUGGCGGUGACAGGCUUCACCACGGGGGUCAAUGUCAUCUGUCCAGUGAAACGUUAUGUGGUCAUCCUGUUCCAGCCGGUCACUCUUAGGUGUGAUUACACUACCACAUCUACAGUGCCCCCUCUUAUCACCUGGAAGUACAAGUCCUUCUGCAGAGAUCCGAUCCAAGCUGCAUUGAACCCAAGCAGUGCUGAGAACGCCUUGGCCGAGGCCAACCCCAACUACAACCCCAACAUCGAGUGCUCAGACACUUCAAGGACUAUACGUAUUGUGGCUUCGAAGCAGACUGCAGUCACGCUGGGAACUGAAUACCAGGGUCGCAAGAUCAGCAUCAUUAACAAUGCUGAUCUCAACAUUGCUCAGACCGCAUGGGGUGAUAGUGGUGUGUAUGUGUGCAGUGUUGCUUCAUCCCAAGACCUCUCAGGAAAUGGCGAGGACUAUACUGAACUCAUUGUUUUGGAGAGAAAGUCAAAUACUACAGACCUGCUGCCUGGCAUUGACUUACUGAUCAUGGAAGAUUGGUUGUUGGUAGUGUUGGUGGUGCUUGGUUUCUUCUUGCUGCUGCUCCUCAUUGGGAUCUGUUGGUGUCAGUGUUGCCCUCACACAUGUUGCUGUUAUGUGAGCUGUCCGUGUUGCCCAGAACGCUGCUGCUGUCCAAGAGCAUUGUAUGAAGCAGGUAAAGCCGUGAAGUCGGGUGUUCCUAGUCAGUAUGCAGCCAGUAUGUUCGCUCCAAGUAUGUAUUCACAACCAGUGUAUAUGGGCGGGCCACCACCACCCAUCCCAAUGCUGCCCACGCCUCAGGGUGUCAGUGCCCCUCCCUCUAAUGGCUAUGGCAGGGAAUAUGACGCAGCCAGCUCAGUUGGUCAAGGAUCUCAGGUACCAUUGCUACAUGACCAUGAUGGCGGAGCAGGCCAGACCCGUAGUGGAUACCGUAUCCAGGCUAAUCAGGAUGGGAAUCCUACUCGUUUGUUAUACUAUAUGGAGCGAGAGCUGGCCAAUCUGGACCCCAGUCAGCCUGGAGGUGCUGCAGGCAACCAUACUCGCUUUGAUGGUUUGAGUGAGAUCAGUUCCCUGCAUGACGGCGGAGACCCUCGUAACCGCGGUCGCGCCAGGCCUCCCCAGCUGAACACAGUGUUUGAUGAGGAUGAGAACAUGAGCACCAUCAGCAGCGUAUCUCAGAAUAUGCGGAGAGAUGAGCCCAGGAGAGGGCUUGGAGGCGGUCCAAACCGUGGCCGCGCUCAUUCCAUGGACAACCUUGAUGAUAUUGGCCGAUAUUACAGAGGCCGUGAUCCUCCUCCUAGAGGCGGCAGAAGAGGUUCUGAUGAAUGGAGCAGCAGCGCUCGCGGAUAUGACCGCGCCCCAGAUGACCGACGUCGUGACUAUUCUCCUGACAGUCGCUUCCGUAAUGAUGCCCGGGGAGUUGGCUUCCAGGGUCGCCGCAGUCGUAGCCGUGAUGAUUUGAUGGAUCUGGAACGUGGUCGGGGUGGCAGAGGCCGGGAUGCAUAUGAUGACAGCUUCCUGCAGGAGGCGAUGGAGAGGAAGAAGAUGGGCGAGCAGCAGCGGGCACGGAGCCGUGAGCGUCUUGAUAGCGACAGCGACCGCUCAGACCGCUACAGAGGAGCACGUGGGGGACCACCACCACUCCCUCUUAGCAGACCCGCAGGCAAUCCUGACACGCGGCGUCCCAACAACACCAGCUUCCCACCUCCACCAUCCUUCUCUGAUACAGACAGCUUAGCAUCAUCCAAGAAGAGCAAUCUCCGCAAGAACGGAGCUGUGAGUCGUGAGAGUCUGGUGGUGUGAAACAUCAAGUGACUGUGGUCUGCAUGUCCCUUGAUGUGUUUUUUGUUUUGUAAGUUUGCGUUUUUCAGCGUCCUUUGCUGAAUGUUUUAUUGUGGGAUUAAGUGGGGUGUACACGACUUUUGAGACAGUGUCUCAUGACUUAAUGCAAUGUUACUAUUUCAAUAGUUUUAUGAAUUUGUAUGUGAUGGCUUUCAAGCUAAAAUCACUGUUUUUAUAAUUGUAUUACAUUUUUUAAAAAAAAAAAGCUGUUUUUCCGAUAUUAAAUAUUUUCCUUAAAAUAUCCGAGACAUUAAGACUAGGCAGUAAUUCUGCAUUCAACAAGCUUUUGCAUCUUAAGGCUCAGAAACCGAAAUGUAAAUGUGUACAAAUUAUAAUAAAAACAAUAUUACAGAUCUUUGUAUUUAGUGUAAAGAGAUUUUCUGACUGUUCAAUUUUUCGCUAUGGUAGCAAUACUUUCCCCGUGUUGCUAGUUUUGUGCUUUGCAAAAGAAAAUGUUAUCUUUCUUUACAAUGUUGUGUAUAUAACUUUAAAAUUUUUUUGUAAUGGAAUUAACCAGACUUGUAAACUGCUUUUCAUACAUUUUCAGUAAUUUAUGGCGAUUUUAUUUUUAACCAUGAUCAUGUGAUAGUUAUUAAUGGUUUAUAAAUCACUUUACAAUAAAUCUUUUCUAUAUAAAA